GAAUCAUCUGAGAGCACCAACACCACCAUCGAGGACGAAGACACCAGAGUGAGGAAGCAGGACAUCAUUAAAGUGACGGAGCAGCUCAUCGAGGCGAUCAGCAACGGAGACUUUGAGAGCUACACUAAGAUGUGCGACCCCUCUGUGACGGCCUUUGAACCCGAGGCUCUGGGGAAUCUGGUCGAAGGCCUGGACUUCCACCGCUUUUAUUUUGAAAACUUGUGGUCUAAGAACAGUAAGCCGGUGCACACCACCAUCCUGAACCCUCACAUCCACCUGGUGGGCGAGGAGGCCGCCUGCAUCGCCUACAUCCGGGUCACUCAGUACAUCGAUGCUAACGGCACGCCCCGCACCGCCCAAUCAGAAGAGACCAGAGUCUGGCACCGCCGGGACGGGAAGUGGCAGAUCGUCCACUUCCACCGCUCAGGAUCCCCCUCCACGCUCAGCAACUGACUGCCUGAGGGGGCGGGAUUUUGAUGGGGCCACAGGCGUCGCCUUGACAACUGAUUGAUUGACAGCGGGCCGGGCGUGUGACAUCACACAGGAAGUUUGAGAGAAGAGGGGCGGGGCCAGCGUUGCACAAUCAGCCAAUCAGCUUCCUCUUCUCAGCUCUUUGGACUCCAGCCACGCCCCCUUGUGCUCAGCCAAUCAGCUGCUCCGAAUGUAAUGACGCGUGGAAACCUCGUAACUCCGUCAGGAUGAUUGACAGGACAGAGGACCGCCUUAACACACCUGUAAUUAGAUCUUAAUUAGACCCCAAACACUUCAAUAUUUGAAUGAAUCAUGGAGAUACGAGGUUUCUUGAAACUGUGUUUACUCUUUAUACUGGUCACCAUGGUUACUAAUUACUAUUAGACCCGUUAUCUCGUUAAGACAA